UUUUUUCCCCUCUCCCCCUGCCUGUGUUUUCUUCUCGGUUUCAGGAUAUUGUGGAAGCUGACUUACCUGCAGCCCUAACCCUGUUCAAAUCUCUCCAAGAACAGGUGGUUGCAGUUACUCAUCAUGUACAACGUUUAAUGCAGAAGAUACGAGCAGGCGAUUACCCCACCGAAAAGGGCCUCAGUUUCCUGGAAGUGAAGGACCAUCUCCUUCUCCUCUACAUUCAAGACCUCUCCCACUUGAUGUUGGAGAAGACCUCGGGACAUUCUGUGGCCAACCACCCUGCCUUACUGCGGUUGGUGGAAACGCGGACGGUGCUGGAGAAGAUGCGUCCGAUUGAGCAGAAAUUGAAAUACCAGGUGGACAAACUGGUGAAGGCGGUUGUUACUGGGGGCCUGGCUGACGACGAUCCCUUGAAAUACAAACCGAAUCCGGAUAACUUGGUCAGCAAGCUCAGUGACUCGGAAGACGGAGAAGAGGAAGAAGAUGGUGGUGGUGCCUCCAAGACUCCUGGGAAACAGACUUCCAAAGGAAGCAUCCGGAAAUACAUCCCGCCUCGCCUGGUCCCCGUGCAUUACAAUGAAACCGAGAUGGAGAGAGAGAAGAAGAUGGUGGAACAAGCCAAAAAGCGAGCACUUAGCAGCUCCAUCAUCCGCGAGCUAAAGGAACAGUAUUCCGACGCUCCGGAAGAGAUCCGGGAAGGGCAUCACGCUCACACGGCCCGACAGAACCGGGAGGAUGCGCAUCGGACCAACUACGAGGAGAGCAUGAUGGUCCGUCUCAACGUCACCCGGAAGGAGAAAGCCCGUCGUAGACGAGGAGGACUCGUCAGCUCCCAGCUCAGCUCCCUCACCCACUUCGGGGACAUCAGCGCCCUCACAGGGGCCACGCCGUCUAUGGGAGAAGAUUUCAAUCCACCCAAAAAGAGGAAGAAGAAUAUAAAUACGAAACGAGGCAAGAAAAAGGGUUUCCGCAAGAGACGAUAAAGCUCACUGCUCAGGAUUUGAGGUCUCCAGAUCCCCAAUAACUCGGAAUGACACCCCCCGUUUAGCCUGUAUGGGAUCUUAGUACUUAAUAAUAAAGCUGAAAGGCCUUCUUUUCCGGUAUAA